AUGGCAGGGGACUCAACCAUGGAAGAAGUAGAUAGGAGUCUGUUAACAAGAGAAUUCAAGUAUCAACUGCUGCAAUAUCAUUUACAAAGGGCUCAACAAAGAAUGGUUGAUCAAGCUAAUAAGCACAGGAGUGAUAGGCAAUUCAAGGAAGGGGAUUGGGUCUACCUCAAGAUACAACCUUAUAGGCAAGUAACACUCUCAGGCACUCAGUUCUCCAAAUUAUCAGCAAAGUACUAUGGCCCUUACCAGAUUUUGCAAAAAGUGGGCACUGUGGCAUAUAAACUAUCCAUGCCCCCUCAGUUACUACUUCAUCACACAUUCCAUGUCUCCCAACUUAAACCCUGCUAUAAGCUACCUGAAACCAUUUCAUACCCACCCAUAAUUGACAUAUCCAGCCCUUACUGUCCUCAACCUCAGAAAAUUCUUGAUAGAAGAAUAAUUCAAAAGGGGAACAAAGCUGUCGCACAGGUGUUAGUUCAAUAG